GCGACAGGGUGUCUAGACACCCACGUGACCGGGCGCGUCAAUGCGCACUGGAGACGCAGCAAGGGCACCCGAGCCAUCCGCCUCAUUCGCAGACUGAGAGCCGUCCGACGCCGACGACACUCGGACACGGGCACGUCGUGAGAGAUUCGCGUUCGGAUUAUUUAAUCUUAGCGGAUUCGACUACUUAAAAUAGGUCUCGAGGAGGCUCGGCGCGCGCGCGGACGUAACCCGAGGGGGGCUGCUCUCUCUCUCUCUCUCUCUCUCUCUCUCUCUCUCUCUCUCUCUCUCUCUCUCUCUCUCUCGCGCUUUUUAGACGCAACUCAACUCGUGUGUGUGAGAAUCAGCCUCGGAUUUGCUCGCCGGCUCCUUGGACGAAGGCUGACUGGUGACAGAAGAUCACAUCCUCUGCAGACGAGUGGCAUAUUUUAGAAGAUAAAACAUAUAUAUACAUAUAUAUAUAUAUAUAUAGCCUCGUCCUGCUGGAGAGCCCCACUCCGCGCGGUCGGAUCAAGGAUUUUGUGGAUUAAUGCUCUUAGAAGACGCGACGGAGAGCCUCGUCUUUUUUUUUUCAUGGGAUAAUUGUGUGAUAGCGUUGCGGCUCAAUUAGGCCCCGAAUUUGUCUGAUUCCCACCGCAGCUCAUUUUACAAUUUUUGACACUUAUUUGUGCUGAGAAUCGGAACUUGUUUCAAAAAGGAGCAGGGGGUGUGGGGGGGUGUCCGCUCACACAGCGCAUCACCACGGGAAUAAUUUGUACACGCGUUCCGGUUCCAUGCUGCUAGAUUCAUUUUUAUAGGCUAGCCUUAACCACCUGGAUAUGAUGGUUGUCUACCCCCUGAGAAAAAGCUGACUGUCCCGGGAACCUCGACUGCUUUUUGGUGAUCAAGUCUGCAGGAAGAGGCAACAGAGACUGGCGCAUGCUACAGAUUUCCUCUGCUCGUCCAGCUCCCGGUUCUUCCACCGUCUUUCCUCAGGCUGCUUGUCGUUGCCUGGACUCGGAUCCCGGAAUCUUCAUGAUUUGCGGACACCAUGCUCGUUUUUUAGCCGGGGAACCCUCUUUUCGUCCCGCAUGUUUAGGACCAAACGAUCGGGGCUCGUCCGGCGACUCUGGAGGAGCCGCGCGCCCGUGGAGGGCGACGGGGAGACGGAUAGAGGGACGCAUGGCACCGGAGGCUGCUGCAUGGGCAAAACGACAAAGGUGGCCAAGUCCAACGCCGGGUCGGAGGCUGAAUUGAAGUCGUUGACCCACUCCGUGCUGAAGAAGAUCAAAGAGAAACAAUUAGAGCUGCUUUUGCAGGCGGUGGAGUCCAAGGGGGGUGCCCGAAGCCCUUGCCUGCUCCUGCCCGGCAAAGCGGACGCCAAAGUGGGUCAACAGUCUUACUCUCUCCCCAUGCUGCUCUACAAAGUGUUCAGGUGGCCGGACCUCAGGCAUUCCUCGGAGCUCAAGAGGCUGUCUUGCUGUGAAUCCUACGGGAAAAUCAACCCGGAGCUCGUUUGCUGCAACCCGCACCACAUGAGCAGACUUUGUGAACUCGAGUCUCCUCCUCCUCCAUAUUCGCGCUAUCCCAUGGACUAUCUUAAACCACCAGAUUCUCCAGACUCUGGACCAUCUUCUAGUGACACUGUGGGAACGACAUACUCGGCCCCCGUGGGGCUCUCAGAUUCCCUUGCACUGCAGGAGUCUGGCGACCGGGCCCACUGGUGCGUGGUGGCGUACUGGGAGGAGAAGACACGCGUCGGGCGCCUCUACUCGGUCCAGGAGCCCUCUCUGGACAUCUUCUACGAUCUACCUCAAGGGAACGGCUUCUGCCUGGGCCAGCUCUGCUCGGAGAACAAGUCCCAGCUGGUGCAGAUGGUGCGGGCCAAGAUCGGCUACGGCAUCCAGCUGACGCGCGAGCCGGACGGGGUGUGGGUCUACAACCGCAGCUGCUACCCCAUCUUCAUAAAGUCGGCCACACUGGACAACCCGGACUCGCGCGCGCUGCUGGUGCACAAGGUGUUCCCCGGGUUCUCCAUCAAAGCCUUUGACUACGACAAGGCCGGCAGCCUGCAGAGGCCCAACGACCACGAGUUCACGCAGCAGCCGCGCACGGGCUUCACGGUGCAGAUCAGCUUCGUGAAGGGCUGGGGGCAGUGCUACACCAGACAGUUCAUCAGCAGCUGCCCGUGCUGGCUGGAGGUCAUCUUCAACACGCGAUAGCAGGAGCUUCCCCUCUUCUUCUUCUUCUUCGCCCUCCUCGUCCUCCUCCACAAACGGACUACACCCUCUUUUCCUUGUUUUGUUUCAGAGAAGAAGAAGAAGAAAAUAUUAAAAAAACAAACUCUGAUGGACUUAAUAAAUGACUAAGAUUUAAUUGAAUAAAAUAAGAAAGCGAAAAUGUAUUUUAUGUUAUAUAUAAAUAUAUUAUUAAUUGUAAAUAUGAAGACGUUUUAUAUGCAUCAUUAUUUAUGUAUUGUGCAAUGUGUUGAUGAGAAAAAGAAAAAAGGAUGCACUUUGCUUAAUAUAAAUGCAAAACAAAGAAAUGCCAAAAUAAAAAAAAGUAC